UGUCAUAUCUUUCUUUAGAUGGGACUGCUAUUGAGGAAAUACCUUCAUCAAUUGAACGCCUUGUCGGCCUUGUUACACUGAUUACAAGUAAUUGUAAAAGUCUCUUGAGUCUCCCGAGUGGGAUACGCAAUUUGAAGUGUCUUACGGAUCUGGGUAUGGGGGGAUGCACAAAAAUUGACAAAAUUCCAGGGGAGAUGUUGUUGUCUUCUCUAAAUCGUUUAAAGUAUUUGGAUUUGAGUAAUUGUAAUAUUGGUGAAGGAGUCAUCCGUGAUUAUAUUGGCUGCUUGUCUUCUUUAGUAGAGUUGAUUCUUAGUGGAAACAAUUUCGUUAGCCUUCCCUCAGGCAUUAGAUUCCUUUCUAAGCUGGAGCAACUUAUAUUGGAGGGCUGCGAAAGGCUUGAGCAAUUGCCAGAUCUUCCUCCAUUCAGAUCCACCUUUUUACAUGUAAGUGUAAACAAUUGUACUUCUUUAACAAGGUUGUCAGAUCCAUCAAGGUUGAGCGGAGGAGCCAAUGUGUAUGAUUUUGAUUUCACUUGUCUUAAUUGCUUCAAAUUGGUUGAAGAUGAAGGCUGGAUUAAUAGAAUAUUUGCAAUGAUACUGAGAGCGUACUUUCUGGUAUUUACUCUCGGGAAUAAAUAUUUCCUUUUAAAUGAUAUUGUAUACCCUGGAAGUGAAAUUCCAAAGUGGUUCAGUAAUCGAAGUGUGGGAGAUUCAAUAACUGUGGAGCUGCCUCUGCCUCCACAACCACGAAGCGACUGGGUUGGGAUUGCUUUAUGUGUUGUUUUUCAUGAUUCUGAAUAUUUGGAUAAUCCAGACGCCCUUGAUGAAUAUGAAUAUUUCUACAUUCAAUCAUCUCUGAAAGAUGUUAAUGGGUGUGAAUGGUUUGGAAUCGGGAGUCUUGAGUCAGAACACCUUUGGGUUUUUUUUUUGCUUCGCGAUCAUCCCAGCCUCACGGAUGCCUCAAGCAGUCAGCGGGUUUCGUUCGAAACG